UAAUUAGAAGUAGUGGCGCCUCGCGUGUACAUUUGUUUCAACUCUGUCCCUGCUCCUACUGCGAAAAACAUGGCUUUGGUAACUGCUCGUGCCGUUUUAACUCCAGUGAUUCGCAGGACUAUCAAGCAGAUCCUGUUCAGCCGUCACUUUGUAAAAUGCCAACGGAGGAAUCAAAUCGGCGGACAAAGAUUUUUACCGCAAGUGACACAACAGAGAUUUUAUGCUGAGAAGAAAGUAUUCAAUAGGGACAAACCACAUUGCAAUAUCGGUACUAUUGGUCAUGUCGAUCAUGGAAAAACUACCCUAACUGCUGCAAUAACAAAAGUCCUUGCCGAGAAAGAACUGGCAACAGCAAAGGGCUACAGCGAAAUCGACAAUGCCCCAGAGGAGAAAGCUCGAGGGAUUACAAUCAAUGUCGCUCACGUUGAAUACCAGACACCAAAUCGUCACUAUGGCCACACCGACUGUCCUGGUCAUGCGGAUUACAUCAAGAACAUGAUCACAGGAACAUCGCAGAUGGACGGAGCAAUUCUCGUGGUAGCUGCUACCGAUGGUGUCAUGCCGCAGACCAGAGAACACUUGAUUCUUUCCAAGCAGAUUGGUAUUCAACAUAUAAUCGUCUUCAUCAAUAAAGUUGACGCUGCUGAUAGUGAGAUGGUUGAGCUCGUGGAGAUGGAGAUUCGGGAGCUGAUGUCAGAGAUGGGAUACGAUGGAGAGAAGAUCCCAGUGGUCAAAGGCAGUGCAUUAUGCGCACUCGAGGGGACGGAACCACAACUGGGUAGCGAAGCUAUUCUGAAAUUACUGGAGGCUGUUGACAAUAACAUCCCAACUCCGGCCAGAGACCUUGAUAAACCCUUUAUGAUGCCUGUUGAGGCUGUUUAUUCUAUUGCUGGACGUGGAACUGUCGUCACUGGACGUCUCGAACGUGGAAUCAUCAAAAAGGGAAUGGAGUGCGAAUUCGUGGGGUACAAUAAAAAUUUCAAGACUACAAUCACUGGUAUCGAGAUGUUCCACCAAAUUCUGCCACAGGCAGAGGCUGGCGACCAGCUAGGUGCCCUGGUCAGAGGCGUCAAGAGAGACGAUAUCAGAAGGGGAAUGGUGAUGCUCAAACCUGGCACCAUCAAGGCUAACGAUCAUGUUGAGGCGCAAGUAUAUAUUCUGAAUCCUAACGAGGGAGGCAGGACAAAACCCAUUUCCAAUUUUAUCCAGCUCCAGAUGUUCAGUAAAACAUGGGAUUGCGCUACACAGGUUACUAUUCCGAAUAAGGCUAUGGCUAUGCCGGGUGAAGAUACUACAUUGGAGCUCAAGCUUCUGAGGCCAAUGGUGUGCGAGAAAGGACAAAGGUUUACCCUUCGUGAUGGUGCGAAAACCCUUGGAACUGGUGUUGUUACGACUGUUCUUAAAUCUAUGACUGACAAAGAACGCGGAGCUCUUCUUGAUGGAAAGAAAGCAAGAGAGAAGGCUGCAGCAGCCAAUUAAUUAUUAUCAACUCCAUUGGAAAAUCGAUAAGCGUUACCUGCAGUUUUUUUCACGAACUAGGGUAGUUUUACCAAGAAAAAAUUAUAAUACUGGUUAUUAUUUCGAUUUGUAAACAUUGAAUACAAUAACCGGAAUAAAAAAUAAAAAAGAAAUCCCAUAAACCGAACAUUCCCCAGGGAUUUAGGAUCAAUCAGUGUUAAAAUUAAACCCAAAGUCAUUUGUUAAUUAUGGUUAAGAUGAUAAUUAUCAUUACAUUCACUUCAUUAUAAUGAAAAAAAAACUCCAUAUGUGUACUAAUCACUUUUUAAAAUCUUCGAGUUGGAAACUCAACACAUUGUAUCAACAAGUAAGGAAAUUAAUUAUAAUUAAAUAAGAAAAUGAAAAUAU